AUGGGAGCCAUGAUGGGUAAAAUCACAGAAUGUGAUGACGCUAAAACCGGGUUACAAAUCGAUUGGGAUCUCUCCGAUUUCUCUGUUUUCACAUGCGAUCAAGAAAAGCCGUUUCCUAUUGCAAAUGAUAUUACUGCUGUCUCGUUCGAAUUGACUAAGCACGAUCCAAACUUCAAUCCUAGAACUGACCAAGUCACUCAUAAAUGCAUCGUAGAUCAACUUGUUUAUAAUGAAAGCAUUCCAAUCAGAGGUGAUCAUCGACCAAACUGGGCUCGGUUCGGUGAAUAUCUUUAUCUUCCUGUUCAAAGGUGGCUUCAUAACUUGGAGCAUGGCUCAAUUAUUCUAUUGUAUCAUCCAUGUGUUGAUAGGAACCAACUUCAAUUACUCCGUAGUUUAGUAACAGGCUGUUUGUGGCGUCAUGUAGUGACUCCAUAUAACAAAUUGUCUUCUGAGAGACCACUGGCCUUAGUUGCUUGGGGUGCCAAAUUGGAAAUGAAUCAUGUCAUCCCAACGGAAGUAAUCACUUUCAUACGCGAGCAUGCUCAUGUGGCACCUGAAGACAUCUCUCGUGAUGGACUGUAUGACCAAUAUCUGAUCAAAGCAGCUGACGUUAUAGACAAUGACCCUGAGGACAAAAAUGUUUGCGGGAAGCUAGUGUCAAAGCCAUAA